CAGGUUGGUCCUCACUUCCACCCCCUUACCCCCUCACAUACACCCCCUGCCCCUGACAUGAGAGCCCCUUAGGGUGAAGUAAUAGUGAGUAAUGGCUCAGGGAAGCCCGAAACGCUGUGCGUACUAGAGGCUACAGUAUGAACAUUGUGAGUGCAAGGCUGACAGUAAAACAUGUUCCCAGGCAACCUAUCUGGCAACUGUCUUGGCUCAGGCAACACAGCUGGCAACUGUCUCUGCCCAGGCAACCCAGCUGGCAACUGUCUCGGCUGAGGUUCCUGUGCUACCAUCCUCAACAGAAAAUAUCAUUCAACUCAAAGCCAAGCAUUCUUCAACAGUGUGCUGCUCCAUUGGUUAAUCUCAUUUGUGUUUAUAACUAUUCAGUAGAAUUAAGUGAAUCAAUAUAUGAACAGCUGAGUGAUGAAACACUGGAGUCUCUCAGUGAUUUUUUGGAGGAGCUCACAUCAUCAGAACAUGCUCCUGGAGACUGUGAUGUGCUGUAUUCGGUUGGUGUACUAACACUUCAGCUUGGGAGCUCGGGAACAUACGUCAUCAACAAGCAGACUCCAAAUAAACAGAUCUGGCUCUCGUCUCCUGUUAGUGGCCCUAAAAGAUAUGAUUUUGUGGAUGGUGUGUGGAUCUACAAGCACAGUGGAGUGACACUCCAUCAUCUGUUAAGCCAAGAAUUAUCAGAAAUUUUCAAGACAAAUAUUGAUUUUUCCGGUUGUGCCUAUGGAAGCAGCAGCACCAAUUAGCUAACCAGGUUGAAGUGCAUCUAUUCAGAAUAGUUAAUUUGUCUGUACUGUAUUUGCCAUGCAUAAGGUGACCAUUGAUUAAAAUCGAUAUGUAUAAACCAUAAAAGUCUUG